AUGGGCACAAGGCUUGAUUUGAAAAGUAUAAAACCACUGUACAUUUUAGCCACUGUACUAAGUUUAGUCCCUCUGUAUAAUUUCGGUAACAAAAAUGUCAAGAAUGGUAAAUACUUAUACGCCUUUCUGGUCAUAUCCAUCUUCAGUUUCAUGCCUGUAUUAUCGCUCCAGGAAAGAUUGUUCAGCACUUAUCCAUUCACUCCAAAUUACACGGAUAUUUUACUAGACUUUGGUUCGUACGUUUGUCUUACUCUCGCAAAUUUGAUCAACUUAAUUGUUCUGCGGCUAGUGCAUUGGAAGAAAUUAAACACUUUGAUCAGAAAGAUUCAAAUUCUGGACUCUAAAUAUUUCAAGCAGCAGGAUGAUAUAAGCAAUAAACGAUUCAACGUGGAGUGUUCUUUGUAUUACGGCAUUUUAAUCUUUGGUUUAAGUUACAACGAAAUAUUCUGGGACUUGGCUUACGGCUUCAAAUCCAAUUGGGCUUAUUUCUUUCAAAACAUUCAGAAAUUGCAACUGCUUACAACCUCAAUGCUAGUUCACAAUAUAGCUUUAACGUUCAAAUACCGUUUCGAGUGUCUGAACAGAAACUUAUCCCAAACUAGGAUCAACCUGUACGUUAAAAAAGAUUUACUGUACCCGAUCGCCAAUGACAUGAGUAAAUCAGUAAAGGUAAUCAAUGAGAUCCAUAAAAGUCUCUUGAUAAUGUUUAGAGACUUCAAUACAAUCUUUGGAGUGCCCGUGAUUUUCAUCAUGAUGGUUUUCGUAUUCGGUAUGUUGCAUCCCAUAAAUUCGGUACUUCUUCAACUAAUUAAAGGGAAUAUCAUCAGUGGUAUGGAUGAUCCUGAUUUUGGAAAGCAUUACGUUGCUAUUACCUCCCUAAUAGCAAUAAGCACUUUUACAUUCGUUAUACCUUUUUCGUUUUCUUGCCACGGAGCCGUUGCAGAAGCGAAGAAAGUGUCGCUCAUUUCCAGAACGGUUAUAAAUGAUUUACCUAUUUACCUCUACGAUGAAUCUUUGAAGUUGUUGAUCGACGAACUGAAAAUUAUUGCUGAAGAAUCUCCUAACAAGUACCCUUUGUUCUCUGCUCGUGGCUUCUACCCAAUCGACAACACUGUACUUUUAAUACUCUUUGGAACUGUUACCACGUAUUUGAUUGUUCUAAUACAACUUAAUAUGGAGGAUUAA